GUUUCCACCCAUUUCUACCGCUUCUACGGAUGACUAUACCGGAUCACAUUCGCGUCGCGUGGCGUCAGCCGUCAGUCGAGUCCAGUCAGUCCAGUCGAGUCUUGAACAGCCUCGAAUCGCGCAGAUAAAAGAGUGUUUCGAGUGUUUUCUUUCUUUUUUCUCUUAUAAGAAAGAAUAUUCUUUCUUGAGGAAAGAAUUAUCAAGUAUUCUCCAUCAAAUAUAAUAAGUGAGUUAUAUAACAAGGGAACCAAAGUGCAAAAUUUUUUGUCAGGUGCAAAAUUAUAAUCAGCUGAUCGAGAUGGGCUCCAAAUUGUUUUCUUCGCUUUCAAUCGUCUUUUUAGUUAAAUUGUUUAUAAAUGCCUUGUCAAUGGAAGUGGAACUUUAUGGUACUUAUGAAGGUAGUAAUUGCAAACUGGAGGACGGCACGACAGGCGUGUGCAAAAAGAUACACGAAUGCCCGUCCAGAUUACGGGAGGUGCUGGAAGGUAAAAGAAGCUCGGAUUCGAUGGGGCGUUGCGGCUUCAAGGACUUUACGGAAAUCGUCUGUUGUCAAUUGAACAUCACGGAAAAGAUAGGACUGCGGCCAGCGGAGAUAGCGUGCCGACAGUACGAGAACGAGAUCGAGACUCAAGACACCAAGGCGAGAAAGAACAUCGAGGUGCAAUUUAACAUAUUCGCCGGUUUGCAAGCCGAACGCGGGGAAUUCCCGUACAUGGUCGCCUUGGGAUACGAGAACCAAGACGCGGAUGACAAUAAUUCGGUGCCCAUUCAGUAUAAUUGCGGCGGUACGCUAAUCUCUUCGCAGCACGUGCUGACCGCUGCUCAUUGCGUAAAUAAUGUGCAGCAGUUGAUACCGAUAGAGGUGAGGAUCGGCAGUGUGGAUUUGAGAAGCGUUGGAGACGGCGAGCAACGAAUUCCCAUAAGCGACGUGAUAACGCAUCCGCGAUACAGGCGCAGCCAGAAUUACCACGACGUGGCUAUCUUGAAAUUACGAACGCCCGUAAACAAAGUGGGCAACAAUAUAAGGCCGAUUUGCAUCCAGACAAAAUCUCUGGACACUGUGGAAAGGUCGCGGACCACAGACUUAAUUGUAAUCGGCUGGGGCGCUACCAGCUUUGACGAAGAUAGCAGCACCAAAUUAAUGAAGACACCAAGUCUCAGUAUGGUGGAUCGAGAGUCGUGCGCCAAGUCGUUCACCGGUUUCAACAAAUUGCCUCGCGGUCUGGACGAGAAUAUGUUGUGCGUAAUAGACACAAACGUUACGCGAAGAUCAGACGCUUGUCAAGGGGACAGCGGCGGUCCUCUACUGAUGCGCACCGGGCCCACUCAAUACAAUCACAGUAUUGUAGGAAUCACGGCGUUUGGCCAAACCUGCGGGGGAUCGAUACCAGGGAUUUACACAGCGGUUCUUUCUUACCUGGACUGGAUCGAGGAACAAGUCUGGCCGGAAACGAUUGACUAACGAUGGGCGAUGACUCAUCGUCUAUUUUUUUUUUUUUCUUAUCAGGAGAAAUCUCAGUUCAGUGACACAGCAUGCGAAUUCAGAUACUUUCGAACGAUUUGUGGUGUUAUUUCGUUUAUUACGAAUAAUCUAGUCGGAAGCCAUUGCGCGAAAGGUAUAGGUAUUCAACAUUUAUUAUAUUAUUUGAUUCCUACCUUAUCUAUCUUUUUGAUACCUCUUUUGCGAAUUUUAUACUUUUAUAUAUAUAUAAUUUCUCUCACAAACAACGCAUUCUUUCAUAUGUAAAUAUGCUUUAAUAAAAUAUGCAAGCAUAUGUUGUCGUGUGGGCGUGCAUCAAAGUUUCCACCCAUUUCUACCGCUUUUACGAUACCGGUUCAUUGGCGUUGCGGUGGCUGUUAGUCGAGUCCAGUCCGGUCCCGUCAGUCCAGCUGAAUCUCCAGUAGCCUCGAACUGUGCGAAUAGAAGAGUGUACUUUGAGUACUUUCUUUCUUAUUUCCUCUUCAA